AUGGUUCCAGAAGCUACUCCCAAAUUUUCUCUGUUUCUACUAAUUUUCCGAAGUUUGUCACUUCUGCCUGAGGCAUCAAGUAUCGGACAGACCUCAACACCAAAAGCCUACCUACUCACUCGACAGCUCCCCGACAAGUCAUCAAUUCCAGGGCUACUUGGUCGCCGCAACGCAAUCGAUUCGCUCAAGAUGCUUCCACAACGAAUUGUGCGCACCUCGGCGCUACGCAACAGCCUCGCCGUUGCUCGCCGCGCGCCCAUUGCCCAACGCCGAGCCUACCUUCCGACUCACUACGCCGACAAAAAGACUCUCGAUGAGAAAUAUCCCGACCCUCCUACAAUGACUGCGGCGGAAGACCCCGGCAUGAACGGCGGUUACAUCAAUCCUCCUCGCAUCAAGCGCCAGCAUCGCGAUCCUUAUGCUCAGUGGUGGGAUCCACAAGAGCGCCGCAACUUUGGCGAGCCCGUCCACGAGGACAACGAUGUGCUCGGCAUCUUCUCGCCUUGGGAUUACACCUGGACUACGACUGGCCCCGGUCUUAUCAUGAUUAGCACUUUUGUCGCCACUUUCCUUGGUGUUUGCGGACUCGUGUAUCUCAAUUAUCCCGACCGGCCUUCGUAUCCUCGUGAAUUUGAGGGCGGUUUGGAGAAGGAGCUUGGUGGACCCGGUGCUGUGAGAGCACGCACAGAGGGUGACGAGGAGCCUUAA